AUGGGUUUGUCGGAAGAAGCCAAUAUGCCAUACCUGAACAUAACGCUUGAUGUUGGUGCAGCAAUGAAUGCGUAUAAAUUUAGAUGGACUCACACAGAACAAUACAGGAAUGUGUGUAUUCACCUUGGCAUGCUCCACUUCAUGAAGGAAAAUUGUAAGGUAUACGUAAUGUAUAUUCUUGAUUAGUAUUUAAAGUGUACAAUUUGAUUUGAGCACUUUACCUGAAACUACUGUACGAGUUCUGUAUUUUAAACAUAAAGAAUUCUUCCAAUCUUACAUUAGGUCAUAGGAUCACUAGUGGCUGGCUCUGGAUUUGAAGACAUAAUUUUUCAGUCUGGUGUUUGCACGUCUGGCAGCUUGCAAGGAGUGUUGGCAGGUUCUCACUACAACCGUAGAUGGACUGUUCACAAUCCCUUUUCCGAGGCAUUAGAACGGUUGCUACUUCAACGUUUCAUAACUUUCAUGUAUGAGAAAUCAGCAACGAUUCCAGAUAGUUUCUACAAGUUGAUUGACCUGGACACAGUAAAGCUACAAUCUAAG